AUGAAUCCAUUCAAGGCGGCCACCCAGAUCAGCCCAAGAAAGCGCUUUUCGCUGCAACAUGCGGUUCGUGUGUGUAGUGAGGUGGAAAAAUUGGAGGCCCAGCUGUGUAUUGACGAAGCAACGAUGCUAGAGGCACUUCGAAAACUCGCCGAGGUGUUAAUUUACACUGAUAAACACAACGAGAUGGUGUUUGAUCAUAUCAUGGGCCGGGAUCCGAUGAACACCCUGGAACGGAUCGCAACCAACGCGGACAUCAGUCAAGCGAUUAAGCUGCAGGUUUUUAAAUGCUUAACGAUUUUUUUCCAGAACCUUACACGGGUGUCGUCUGUUUAUUUAGCCUUCAGCAAUAAUCAUCUGAAUCGCAUCAUCGCGUUGGAGCCGGAUUCGUCGGACGACGAGCUGACGUCGAUGUACAUUUCUUUGCUCAAAUCAUUAGCCCUUCGGUUGAAUAAGGAUACCGCACAGCUUUUUUUCGAGAUCCACACCGGUGCGUUUCCGCUUUUCGACAAAGCCGUGCAGCUUUUAGGAUCUUCGGAUCCGAUGGUGCGUACGGCAGCGAAGCAGAUCGUAGUGACCAUCGCCCAACUCGAAGACGACGCGAUCGCGCGGUUUCUCCAUCGGGCGAUGGAGGAGGUCUACGUGAUCGUCGCAAGGUCCGUCGCGCAUCAGCUGAUCUCGUUGGGAAGGAUUUCCCAGACGCAUCGCGGUGGGGAAGGCGAGGUCACCGCGGCGCUACGGGCGCUGCGUAACGCGAUGGAAAACAUCGUCGAUGACCUUUUCUAUCUCAACGAUCUCUGCCACACCCCGCAGCCGUACGCCGCGGAGCGUCUGAUGGCGAUUUUAACUGAACAUCUGCUUCAACCUCUUUAUAUGCUUCUUUGUUGUGCAUUAGAUCCGAAUUAUUCGACUGAGGGGGGGUUGAAGGAUCAUGAUAGCGCAGAAAAUGACGUUCCGCACGAGGAGGGUGGCGUAUUUUCCAACUUCGCGGCAUUUCGUUCAGACGUGCCUCCCGAGACGGCGCUUGGAUUUUUAGCACGCUGGGCAGAAGUCAACGACGUGGAGCUCCUUCACAGCCACCUCGCGUGGAUUUUUUUCCACGAUGCGGCGGCUCCCGUUGGUGGGGAGGGGGGGAGUUUUCCCCAGGGUUUGGAGCUUGGUGGGGUGAUCGGUGGGAUCCUGAGCUCGGAGCGGGUGGAUUGGUAUCAUGGCGCCCUCCUGUUUUGGAUAGUCAUGCGCACAAAGCCGCUUUCAGAGUUGAUGCAUCGGCACGUGGAGAUACCGACAUGGAUCGGGAGGCAUGACGACCGCUUUCGAAACCCUUCUCGAUGCGUUUUGGAGGGGUCGUCGGAUCGAUUCGCCUGCGAAACGGUGGAAUCGACCGUUUCCCCCCACGCAGCGCCCCCGGCGGCUUUUUUCUCCCCACUCCGUGAACUCGACGAGGAUGAGGUCGGGGCGAGCCUCCUGGGGAUCCUCCGCGCGCUUUUCACGACGCUCGACGUUUUAGUGCGAAAUCCGUGCUCGGGGAGCCUCGCGGAUGUUCACCUCGCCUUUGAAUCCAUCGCCCACGAGCGGGCGCGAUCCCCGUCGCCAUGCCUGCGUCGCGCGAUCGAAAAAAUGGCGGCGGCAGCGCUGCAACGGGCCGCGAUGGAAGGCUGCGGCCUUUACGAGGCCUACGCCCCCCUCUGCGAAGGCGUCCACGCCGCCCUCUCCUCUGGCAACCCCGCAGGGCUGCCGCGUCUUCUCGAAGGGGGGGAUCCGCCGUCUGCUCUCGCCCUUUGCGUGGUCGGCCUCGGCAUCGGCGACGUCCGGGUGGGGGUGUUUCUCGCGCUCAAAACCGCUUGGGGGGUCUUCGAAUCGGUCGUCCGCCCUUCCCUCGAGGCGGUGGUGCAGGAAUGGACGACAACAGGAGGGGGUCGCGCGAAGAACCCCGCCGUGUUGCUUCCUGUGGUUUCCUCUUCAACAAGGGAUGGUUCGGAUGGGAAAGCCGCGGCGGAUGGUGGCGCCCUGCCGCUUUUCCGACGCCCUCCGCUUUCCGUCGACGAGCGCGAGGGGCGGCCGCUGCUCCAGUGGCUGCUGCUCCGUCAGCUGCUCGACGGCUGGGGAGAGGAAGCGAAGGGGGAGCGCGAGAAUCGCGGGGAUUCGCUCGAGGCGCAGCUCCGUCGCCUCUCCACCCUCCGCGCGGCGGAUGCGUUUCCCGCAACGCCGAUGACGAGGCCGAUUCGCUGCGAGUUCGUGAUGGUGCGCUGCAUCGGGGGGCGGCGGAGCGCACUCUCUGUGGCGGGGUCUGCGUUGCGCGUGAUGUUUACCGAUCACGAAUUGCUGCUCGCGGCGGUGGAGGAGGGGGUCGGGGGUGCGUGGGAUCUUGCCUAUGUUCGCGCCUUGGGGCUUCACGCGACGAGCUUCCGCGUGAUUGUGGAAUAUCAUGAACCGCGGAACGAGGCGGAGAUCCACCUCGCCUUUCGCACCACGGAGGAUGCCAAGGCGGCGGUGGAUCUCAUCAAUGCGCAGGCGGCGCGUUGUAGGGCGAUGGGAGCUGCGUUAUGCUCUAGUUUUCUUCCGCUAGUUAGGUAA